AUCGUUGUGACAGGUGCCAAUUCUGGAUUGGGCUUUGAAGCCGCGUUGAAACUACAUCAGCUGAAUUGUUCUUUGUUGAUCCGCUGUGUUUGUGAUAUAUCGAAGGGUGAGGCUGCAAUGGAGGAGAUUGUGGAGCGGGUUGUGCAAGGCAAAGACGGAGAGGGGAGAGGGAGGAUAGAGGUGUGGAAGUGCGGAUUGGGAGACCAUGAUCGUUUGCUGGGUUUUGCGAAGAAGGUGAACGGUGUGAUGUUGAACGUGGUAUUUUUGGUCUCUCCAACAAACACGGACGCUAUUCCCGGGAAGAGCUCCGGUGGUCACGAGCUGGUCAUGAACCCCGGGGAAAAGAGCAAGGCAGGAAAUCUAUUGAGAACAUACAACGAUCCCGUAUCCUUUAAUCCACGGACGCAAUACCAGACAUCAAAGCUGUUUGUUAUGCAUGCAUGGUAUGCAGACGCCUGCCGCGAUAAGGAAGUCAGAGGAGGGAAGCCGGAAGUGUUGGCCUUAGCAGUAUGUCCCGGCGACGCGAAGAGUAAUCUGAGUUGGAGUCACCAGGGCGUUGGGGCGGAGGUGUUUAAGUGGGUUUUGGCGAGCAUGUUUCUAAGGACGACGGAGCAAAGGGCUAGGACGCUUGUUAGUGGACUUCUGCUUGGGGAGGGGCCAUAG